UAUUCGAGUGGUUGAUCUAAUAUUCUUUCUUGAAGUUUUAUAAAUUAAAAAUUUGCAUUUUUCAAUCAUUUUGAUCUUCUGGGAAAGUGGUAUAUAUACAUAUAUCGGAACAUGAUCAUCAAGACAUGAUCACCAUUGCUCCCCACAGCUAGCUUCUGCAUCUUCAAUAUUGCAGCUCACUCCUAAUUAGAUUCAGCAUCUAAGGCGCUUUCUGUCACUUAUUCAUGCUUUAAUCUAAAUCCUCUUCUUGUUUCCUCGAUCGCUCCAACUUUAAGUGCAGAAGUGCAUCAAAUCCGGAAUUUCUGGAUACUAAGAGAAUUUCGCUGGGUUGAAAGAUUUUGGAGACAUUAUUCUAUAAUUUGGGACUUUGUAAGCUUUAGUUAUGAGUCGUCUUUGGAAAUCUCGAGGAUACGUGCGAGGAAGCUGGGACGUGGAUAUUGAGCGGCAAGGUUCCAAGAAUGACGGUACUGGUUCGGAAAAAAGGGCAAUUGGGCAGGUCAAUCACCCUUUGACGAAGACAAUCAUUUCAAAAACGCCGUGGUGGUUCCAUGAGUACUUCCAUUGGGAUGUGGCGUUUUUAGUGGUGUGCGUUGUUGCAGUAGCAGUGGACCCUUUGGUCUUUUAUCUUCCUGUCAUCAAAGUCAGAAAGGAUACCAAAUGCAUUGAUGUAGAUAAAGAUUUGGAAAUCGUUGCUAUUUGUGUGCGAUCGUUCCUAGAUUUGAUUGCUCUUGGGGAUCUGGUUGCAAGAAUAAUAAAAUAUAGAAAGAGCCCUCACAAGAUCAAGAUCAGUACUUCAGACUACGUAAUUAACAUUCUCAGCAUUCUUCCAGUUCCGCAGAUUGUGGUGCCAAUUAUAUUUUCAGAAAUGAGAGAUUAUAAUUCCCGGUAUGAAAGGAGAUUCCUAAUUGUAGUUGUUACUUUGCAAUAUGUGCCAAGAAUUUUCCGAAUCUACAGAUUGUGGAAAAUAGUCCUACGGCGGCCUAAAAGUAACCCAAGAACUACUACUAGUGUUGAAGUGAAUGUAGAAAGAUGCUUCAAGGGUUUUAUAUUGAUGAAAGCUGGAUUCAAUCUGUUUCUGUAUCUCGUUGCCGGUCAUGUACUGGGUGCUUUUUGGUACUUCUUCUCCUUCGAACGAGAGAUCACGUGCUGGCAGCUGGCUUGUGGUCGGAAUGAUACCGGAUGUAGCACGACUCCUUUUCGCUGUGAUGGUGGCAUUGAUAACAAUAUUUUAAAUAAUUUUUGCCCUAUAGAAAUAGUCGAAAAAUCAAAUACCAGUCUCGUUGAUUUUGGAAUAUUCCAAGAAGCCCGUGAAUCUGGUUCACUGCGGGAGUCCACGAAUUUUCCGCAAAAGUCCAUGUUCUGUUUCUGGUGGGCGUUGCGAAAUUUGAGUUCACUUGGUCAAAACCUUAACACAAGUCCUUUUUACUGGGAAAACUGCUUCGCAGUUCUUAUUUCGAUCUCUGGCUUGUUUCUAUUGUUAUACUGCAUCGGAAAUAUUCAGACAUACAUACAGUGGGAGACAUCUAACGAGUUGGAUGAGAUCAAAUCUAACUUGUUGAAAAACAAGGUGCAGGAAAAAUUACGUACCAUCGAGGAUUGGAUAAGCAAAAUGGGCCAGCUCCCUGACGAUUUGAAAAACAUGAUCAUGGACAAUGUGACACGAAUACUGGAAGAUCAAAACAAUGCUUUUGAUACAGAGAAUCCAUUCCCUUAUCUUUCUGAAGAGAUUAGAAGACGGAUUAAGAUCAAUCUCUGCUUGCCCCUGCUAAGGAGAGUACCAAUAUUUGAAAACGAAAGUGAAGAAUUUUUGUCUAAGAUCACCUGUACUAAGCAUCUCAAGCAUGUGCAUUAUAAUCAGAACAAUUUAAUUGUUCGGGAGGGAAAAUCACUAAAUAAGAUUAUCUUCGUACUGAAAGGAACUGUGUGUUCAUGUACAAGCAAUCAUGACAAUAAAACUGUGUGUCCUGAGAAAUGUGACCUCAUUGGAGAAAGUCUUGUAGAAUGGGUGCUGGAAUCUCCCAAACAAUCCAACCCUCCCUUAUCGACAAGGAAUUUCAAAUGUCUGACAGAAGUUGAAGCUUUUUGUCUUACGGCUAGAGACCUGAAGGAUAUAAUAUCUCAAAACUGGUGGAAAUUUAGCGAGUUAAGAAACAACACACAGUUUGACUCGAAACAGCUGAAUCAUUUUGCAGCUACAUCCAUCCAAAGAGUGUGGCGGCGACACAACCACUCCAUCCAUCCUAAACAAGAACGUACUUCAAAAAGGAUAUGAAGUCAACUACGCAGUUACUGUCGCGGGCAGCUCCCCAAAUAAUUUAGAUCAUGGUAUCAUUUAAUAAUUAAUCUAGUUUUAUCAGAUGCUCUUGUUCUUUAUCGAAAGACAACAUAUAAUUUGUUUAAGAGGGCUUGUAUUAUGUUGUGGAUUAAUAUUGCACUCACUUUUUCGAAGUCAUUAAUUAAAUUGCUAGUCGCUUGAUUUCAA